ACAAGCUGGGCCUGUUUUCUCACUGCAGCCUCCUUCCUGUAGCCCUGGUUGAGGAAGUGAAUUUCGCUGACAGGGCUGGGUUCAGACAGGGAGAGGCGAAGAAAAACAUCUUCAGCUGGGGGGGGUCUAAAAGAAUAAACGCAGCGAAACAAUAACAGACCGGAGGAGUAAAGUGAUCAAUCGCUGCGAAGUUAAGGUGCAGUCAUCGGUGAGACCGUUCCCCGCUGAGACCGCCGCAGACAUGACCGACCAGCAGCUGGACUGUGCUCUGGACCUGAUGAGGCGUCUGCCUCCUCAGCAGAUCGAGAAGAACCUCAGUGACCUCAUUGACCUGGUGCCCAGUUUGUGUGAGGACCUCCUCUCCUCUGUGGACCAGCCCCUGAAGAUCGCCCGGGACAAGGUGGUGGGGAAAGACUACCUGCUCUGUGAUUAUAACCGAGAUGGAGACUCCUACAGAUCCCCGUGGAGUAAUAAAUAUGAACCUCCCAUUGAAGAUGGUGCAAUGCCGUCGGCUCGCUUGAGGAAACUUGAAGUUGAAGCCAAUAACGCCUUCGACCAGUACAGAGACCUGUACUUUGAGGGCGGCGUGUCCUCCGUGUACCUCUGGGACUUGGAUCACGGCUUUGCAGGAGUUAUUCUCAUUAAAAAGGCCGGGGAUGGAUCCAAGAAGAUCAAGGGAUGCUGGGACUCUAUUCAUGUGGUGGAAGUGCAGGAGAAGUCCAGCGGUCGCACUGCUCACUAUAAACUCACCUCCACCGUCAUGCUGUGGCUUCAGACGAACAAGACCGGCUCUGGUACCAUGAACCUGGGCGGCAGCCUCACAAGACAGAUGGAGAAAGACGAGACGGUUGGAGAAUCCUCGCCUCACAUCGCCAACAUCGGACGCCUUGUUGAAGAUAUGGAGAACAAGAUUCGCUCCACACUGAACGAAAUCUACUUUGGGAAAACUAAGGACAUUGUAAACGGUCUAAGGAGUGUUCAGUCGCAGGCCGACAUCAUGCAGAAGCAGGCGAUGAAGGUCGACCUAAUGAAUGCACUCAAACGCAAACAAAACAACUAGUCGCUCAUGUUUUUCUUGUCUUUCACUGUCUCCGCCUCACUCGCCAUCUUCUGUUUCUUUACGUCUCUCCCUCCAUACCCGUUUCUGUGUUGCACCUGUUUAUUUGUUGGAAAAAAGGAGAAAAUGCUUAGCUUUUUAUUUUCCUGUCCUGUUUUUUUUUUUGUUUUUGUUUUUGUUUUGUUUCCAUGAAGCCAUUCUCUUCUCUCUGUCCCCUUGUGUUAAUAAUAUGAUGGUAUUACCUCGUUUAUGAUAAUCUUACAGUGUAGUUAUAAUCCCUGAUGCGUUCUCAGCGACUGUGGCCCCCGCUCUGCCUCGGCGUCGAGGACUCGGACUGAGCUGUCGGUUGCUGUAGGCUCGACGGUGUCGUCAGAUUUAUCUGAUUAUAUUUGUAUAGAGUUCUAACUGUCCACGUUUGACUGUCGGAUAUCCAGGUGAUGUGAACACGAGGACGGCCUUUUCUCUGUGCACAACCAUGUUUUUUUACACUUUGUUUCACUCUGUCUGCAUGUAUGUGAGCUGUGCGGGAGCACGGGGAUGGACUGUUAUCACCCUGCCACAACUCCCCACCCCCACCUCAAACAAAAGCAGAGUAUAAAAAACAUGACGGUUGCUUCCCCUUCUUUUCAGCUCUUCUCUCUACUGUCUUUGUUGGGGGUUACUUAUUUUUGUCGUCUCAGUUGGAACAUUUUAGUUUCCACUUUGGAGGGGAAAUUUUUGUUGUAUUUUUGUUUGGAUUUUUUUUUUUUUUUCGUGUUUUGUAAAAGCUUAUAAUUCACAUUGUAUUAGAGCUCGCAGCAACAAUAAAAACUGUAAAAAGCUG